UUUGCCACGUGGCGGCGCUUGGCUGGCUCGCGCUGUUUACUGACGUGUCCCUAACCUACAAAAUAAACAACACAUCCCAGUAGAAUAAUGUGGAUUUCUGCUGAAUUUUCAUCAUUUCUGUCUACAACCAGGUGAAUAGAUAAGUGAUAAGUGAAGUGUGAAACAGGUGCAAAGUGUCUCAUAACAUCCGGACUUGCUAAAGUGAAUAAAAAUGAGUGAAAAGGACAAGACUAAAUUCAUCAUCUACGCCUUAGGAAUUUUCUUUUGCUAUUUUUAUUUUGGAAUUUUGCAAGAGAAAAUCACAAGGGGACGAUAUGGGGAUGAGGAAAAUGAUGAUGGAACCCGUGGGGAGAGAUUUACAUUUGCCCUGGCCCUUGUUGGUGUACAGUGCAUUGUUAAUUGGCUUUUUGCCAAAGGGAUGCUUCUUGUGAAGCCACAGAAAAAGGAUGAGACUCAUCCGGGAUACUAUGCCAGUUGCUCCCUGACCUACCUUCUGGCCAUGGUGAGCUCCAACAUGGCCCUCAGAUGGGUACCAUAUCCCACACAGGUUGUGGGCAAAGCUGCAAAACCCAUUCCUGUGAUGAUCCUGGCUGUCCUGAUCGGGCGCAAGUCAUAUCCUCUGUCCAGGUACCUCUGCGUCCUCACCAUCGUCCUGGGCGUGGUACUGUUCAUGUACAAAGACGGUAAAACCAGCUCAGUGGACGAGGAACACUCGGGAUUGGGAGAAUUGCUCCUGGUGCUGAGUCUGGCGAUGGAUGGUCUUACUGGGGCCAUCCAGGAACGCAUGAGGUCUUCCAGUGCUCCCUCGGCACAGCAAAUGAUGCUGGCCAUGAAUGGCUGGAGCAGUGCAAUGGUCGGAGUGGCUCUGAUUGUGUCAGGAGAGGCUGCAUCUUUCAUGCAAUUCACUCUCAGGCAUCCUGAACUCUUCUGGCACCUCACCACCCUCGCUCUCACCGGAGCCCUUGGACAGCUCUUCAUCUUCCUCAUGGUGUCCGGCUUUGGUCCUCUGGCUUGUUCUGUGGUCACCACAACCAGGAAAUUCUUCACCGUUCUGUGUUCUGUGCUGAUCUUUGGGAAUUCUCUGAUUCCGCGACAGUGGUAUGGAGCAGUGAUGGUAUUUGCGGGACUCUUUGGGGAUAUGCUGAUCAACAAGAAGCCCUCGGCAGCUCCACAGGCAGCCAAGAAGCCUCUGCUGAAGGAGGAGCACAAUUCUCAGUAGAUCAAUUACUCUAGAAAAGAGCUCUUAUCACGAAAAUAUUGCACGACAUUUUUUAUUUUAGCUAUUUUAUAAAUUAAAUAGUGAUAUGCCUUCCACAAAAAAAACCAUCAGGAAAAUAUUUCAAUAGAUUAUUUUUUAUGAUAAA